AAAUACAUGGGAAACCGCGUUACAAAACCUAAACAUUAGCGUGCUCAUGUAACUGCUUGUGUAAAGGCAAAAACUGAGUCCUACAGACGGGUUGCUCACCUCUCGUAGCUUCUUUACACCAGCCUACUAUCUGUGUAGCCUCUCAGAUAUCUACUUUUAAUCCAUUCAUUGCAUGCUGAAGUGUAUCUUAAUAAGAGCAUCCUCACCGUUUGCACGAAGGUAUUUCUUGAGGCUUCUGCACCACAGUACUGAGAGGUCCAUCCCAAUAUUCUUCCACCAGACCAAAUCUUUCACCAGUCAAACCAGUAUGUCUGACAAAAAACGCAAGGCACCAGCAGCUGCUAAGGAGCCCAGUGCCAAACAGCAGAAGCUGACCCCCAUGAAGGUGGAGAAAGCUGGAGGCUGGCUGCAGGAUCACCUUAGGCAGCAGAGGACAGAUAAUAAGGACAUGAAAUUCAACAAGAAACGGCUGCGUUUUAUAUCUGAGACUGAGAAGAUAAAGCAGGGCUCUGAGGGUGUCCUGUACUGGAUGUUAAGAGACCAGAGAGUACAAGAUAAUUGGGCACUGAUCCACGCCCAAAGGCUUGCUGUAAAGGAGAACCUCCCUCUGCACAUCUGUUUCUGUCUUGUCGUCCCAAAAUCUGAGCUCUCCACUCUGAGACAUUUCAGCUUUAUGCUGAAUGGUCUGAGGGAAGUUGCAAAGAAAUGUAAAAACUUGGACAUCCAGUUCCAUUUGCUGCAUGGCUCAGCGGGGGAAGUUCUCCCCGGCUUUGUCUCUGACCAUGGCCUGGGGGCGGUGGUGACAGACUUCUCCCCACUUAGGGAGCAGCUGCAGUGGUUGGAGGAUGUGAAAAAGAAACUUCCCAAAGACAUCCCCCUCAUACAGGUUGAUACCCAUAAUAUUGUUCCCUGCUGGGUGGCAUCACCUAAACUUGAGUAUGCAGCAAGGACCAUCAGAGGAAAGAUCACCAAGCUUUUGCCAGAGUUCCUUACUGAUUUUCCUCUGGUGGAGAAACACCCCCACACUGCAGCCAGAACUGCCAAACCCAUAGACUGGGACAAGACCUUGGCUUCCCUGAAGGUUGACAGAACAGUUGGAGAGACAGAGUGGGCAAAGCCAGGUACCAAAGCAGGGGUGGCCAUGCUGGAGUCCUUCAUUGACGUGCGCCUUAAGAUGUUUGACACCCAACGUAAUGACCCUAAUGCUCCUGCACUCAGCCAGCUCUCCCCCUGGAUCCGCUUUGGUCACCUGUCAGCACAGCGCGUUGCUCUGCAGGUUCAGCACAGCGGAAGGAAGGCAGGUGUUACAGUCACCUCCUUCAUCGAGGAGCUGGUGGUGCGCAGGGAACUGACUGAUAACUUCUGCUUCUACAACAAGAAAUACGACUGUGUAGAGGGGGCGUACGAUUGGGCUCAGAAGACUUUGAAAGAUCAUGCCAAAGACAAGCGGCCGUAUCUCUACACACGUGAGCAGCUGGAGAAAGCAAAGACACACGACAAGCUCUGGAAUGCAGCACAGUACCAGAUGGUGAGUGAGGGGAAGAUGCAUGGUUUCUUGAGAAUGUACUGGGCCAAAAAGAUCCUGGAGUGGACUUCUUCACCAGAGGAGGCGCUCUCUAUCGCUCUGUACCUAAAUGAUCGCUAUGAGCUGGAUGGCCAGGAUCCUAACGGCUUUGUUGGCUGCAUGUGGUCUAUUUGUGGAAUCCAUGACCAGGGAUGGGCGGAGAGACCCAUUUUUGGAAAGAUCCGCUACAUGAACUACAAAGGCUGCCUUCGGAAGUUUGACGUAGCACGUUUUGAGAGGAAGUACUGUCCCAAAGAUCUCUGAAGCACUAUACGUUAAGAGAAAAGGGAGUAAGAUGCCUGGCAGCUUUUAUCUCCUGUGUCUUUAUCUCUGGGAACUUUUUUUCAAGCCUCUUUUGCAGUGCUUUUUUUGGUUGUUGUUCUUUAAAGUUUGUUUUUUUUGUCCUAUGUAUUCAGAGGGAUUUUGCCUGUGCUGUUUCUCCUGCUGACUAUCAGACUGGUUCUUUACAUUUAUCAGUUCUGUAAGCUGGUAGAUUUUUUUGCUGUCGCUUGUCUUCACAUUAGAUACUCAUCUUUGGUGCCUGAUAAGUUAGAAAACAUUUUUUCUACUAUUUUUUAUGUUAUAGUUUUUAUGUGAAACUGUAUCUCAAAUACAGGAUGCUUUGUAUGUUAUUAGUGUUUACAAUUCAUUAUAUCACAAUGCAUGCAGUAAUGUUAAAGCAGCUCUUGAAAUUUAACUUUUUUCUUUAAAAAAUCUUCUCAUAUCAAAAUGUAAUAAAGAAUUUUUUUAAUACA